AUGGUUCACCUCAUCCAUAUCGCCGUCCUAGACGUCGACAUACCAGCCCGCAAACUAUACGAGGCUCGAGGACUCUUGAGCGCCCACUUCCGAACCAUCCUCUGCGAGACUGCAACACACCUGAACGAAACCCUGCUCCCCGAGAAAGAGCAACUCGAAGUCAAGAUCACCCCGUUUGAUAUCCGAGGAGGCCAUUAUCCCGACCUAUACACUCUCCGCGGCCAUGAAGACAAGGAUCAUAUACCCGUACGAUACCCAGUGGACGCAGUCUUGAUCACCGGCGGAACGCCCGGCGUAGGCGAAAUGGACCAGUCACCGUGGAUGCAAGUGCUCGAGAAAUUCAUCAAGACAGUCUACAACCAAUACCCCGAAGUCCGCAUCCUCGGCACCUGUUUCGGCCACCAGCUCAUCUCGCACGCUCUCGUCCGCAACGUUGAUGACCCAGUCCACGACGUCUGGGUUGAGAAAUGCCCUUUCGGCCGUGAGGUCGGACUUACCACCGUUCAAUUGGAACACGCCUUUGUGAAGUUGUUCCCGGGCGCACUCGGUGCUCUUCCUAAGGAACGGUUGCGUAUUCAGAUGUUCCAUGGAGAUCGGGUGAUGGCGGUUGCGAAGGGAACUGUUGUUACGCUUGCCGAGUCGCCGCCGGUUUCGCUGCCCGCGCCGUGGAUUAAUAUUGGAAGCACUCCAAUCUGCCCUAUUCAGGGACUGUACCACCCAGGCAGGGUACUCUCUGUGCAGGGUCAUUACGAAAUGGAUCCCUUUGGCCUGACCAAUAUGUGCUUGGAAUCUGCGCCGAUCCUGGGAUGGGAUGAGUCGAAAUUGGCGUUGUUCUUGGAGCAGAUUGGGGAUGCUCGUAAGGGAACUGAUGAUGAUUCUAAGGCCUUUGCCUCUGCUGUGGUGUCUUUCUUGGCUGGCUUUGAAAAUUGA